AUGGCUCUACACGUGAGUUCCAGUCAACCAUUUGAAGGCUUGACGCUCAGCCCCACACAGUUGUUCAGCCAGCCUCUGGGAUGGUUCAAAGACCAGCUGGAACUCGAAGCGGCAGGCUUAGGAGGCAAUUUAUUCGACUUUUAUCGUUUUGUACAUGAUUCAAGGUGGAUUGGUGGUACUACAGAAUAUUCAGCACUCGAUGAAGCUUCGCCGUAUUGGUUUAAUGGGCUUGUGCCUUUGGCUUUUGGGCUGGGGGAUGCAAGAAUAAAGAGUCAGGUGAAGUAUUACCUUGACUAUGUUCUCGAUCAUCAGCAAAGUGAUGGGUGGCUUGGAUUUGAGACGACGAGAACGACGCGCGGGCUUUGGGCUCGCUGUCUCCUGUUACUGGGGUUGAUCCAAUACGCUGAAGCCGAUUCUACGGAAGCUGACAGAAUUGUUGACGCGAUGCAUCGUUAUGUCGUCCUUGCUCAUAGCAUGUUACGGAACAACUUCACAGGUUUGAUCGUACAUGGCAAUGACACCUUCGACACCGCCGGCUUUGGUGUUGGUCGAACUCAUGAAAUGCAUAUUCCUCUGCAAUGGCUGUAUGAAAAGUAUCCAAGGAACAAUUCUCAGAUCAUUUGGGAGACGAUGGAACUUAUGAUUGCAGGAGGAGUGAGUUGGGGUGCGGAUUGGCGGACGUUUUGGGUGGAAGGUGUUUAUCCAACUGUGUUGUAUGAUACAACACCUUAUGAUCUGAGCUGGGUCUUCAUUCAUGGUGUCAACAUGGCGGAAGGACUUCGGUAUCCUUUGGCCAUUUAUCGCAUGACAGAUGACCCUGCAUUGAAAACGCAAACUCGAACAGCUGUAGACCUGCUGGCCAAGUAUCACAGAUCACUUGCAGGAACUAUCAUCGCGGACGAGUACAUAGCGGAUCUGAAUCCUAGCAGAGGAGCAGAACUGUGUAUUGCUGCAGAGGUGAUGUUUUCUUCGGCUAAUAUCUACCAAUAUCUAGGGGAUAAUGACAUCGCUGAUUGGACCGAACAAACUGCCUUUAAUGCUCUUCCUGUCUCGGUGUCCGCAGAUUGGUGGUCACAUCAAUAUGUUCAGCAAGAAAACCAGCCUUGGUCACGCAACCUUUCGAUAACAGACCCUCUCUGGUGGGACGUCGACUCAUACUCCAAUGUCUUUGGCUUGGAACCCAAUUAUCCUUGCUGUACCGUUAAUCAUCCGCAAGCAUACCCCAAAUUCUUAGCCAACGCAGUUGUUGGUACAGCAGAUGGCGGCUUGGCACACGUCUUCCUCAUCGGUACCGAUGUGGCUACAACAUUAUCAAAUAAUAAUGCAGUUUCAGUCUCUGUCAACACCACGUACCCUUUCGGCCUAAGUUUGACGUACACCAUCUCAGCAACAUCUGCGUUUCCCUUUUACGUACGAAUUCCAACGUGGGCUGAAUCGACAAGCACCAUCAGCGGACCAAGCAAUGGAGCCAUCGUUCAAGUUUCUCCAUCAAACCAAGGCCUCCAAAAGAUCGGCAUUCCCGGCGGCAGCAGCACAACUUUCACUAUCCAACUCGAGACACAACCACGAGUGGUGACGCGAGCCAAUAACACAGCCGCAAUCUACUACGGAGCAUUACUCUACAGCCUAGCUAUUGACUUCAACACAUCCCAGACCCCUCCUCUGAACUACCACACCGAGGCCGUUCUCGACAAUUCAACCACCGACUCACAUACCUACGACCACGUUUUGACACCCACAUCUAUUUGGAAUAUUGCAAUCGACCCAUCCCAGAUCUCUAUCGUGUCUUCUAACGACUCAACGACGCUAAAGAAUCCGAUAUGGACUUUAGGUGCACCGCCGGUAGAGUUGAGAGUUGCGGCCGUUGAGAUCGAGUGGCCUACUGCUUUUGGCACCGCUGCUGAUCCUCCACUUGAUGUAAAGAUGACAGGAAAGCCGUUCAGUGCUCGCUUUGUCCCGUACGGUAGUGCCAAGCUUCAUAUGGCUCAUUUGCCAGUGGUUAAGUUGGAGAAGCUGGAAUUGGUGUAAUGUCUUUGGUGGAGGAAGUCCAACGUGCGAGUUUUCUUAGUCGGAUCUUAGUAAGACAUACAUAAACGAAGCUAUACAUAAUGAAACGCAUUCGGG